CCCCUUAUAUUAUUCAUUCCCCUAUAAAAGUUUUCUAGGGCUUUCAUUUUUUCUCAUCACCAUCACAAAAUUUGAAUCAACUUUCUCAUUGAGGAAUAUACAAGAAUCCCAGAGAAAAUAAAUUAUCAAGUUUUUGGUAUCAUAUUUUUGUUCAAGCUUUAGCGAGGGAAAAAAAAAAAAAAAAUGGAAAGAUCUUCUGUGAGUUUUCAUGGGGAUGAAUCUUAACUUGAAGGCAACCGAGCUGAGAUUGGGAUUGCCUGGAAGCGAAGAGCAUGAGAAACAAUUACCUUCUAGUACAUCUAGGUCCAACAAGAGAGCUUCUCCUGAGGUAUCCGAGGAUUCCCGGACGUCUAAUGGCAAAUCAAGCUUAUUGGGUUCUAGAAACUGUGUCCGGGACGAUGCCCCUCCUACCAAAACACAAGUUGUUGGGUGGCCACCAAUUCAAUCUUACCGGAAAAACAAUAUGCAAGUGAAGAGGGAUGAGGGUGACAACGGUGGAGUGUACGUGAAAGUAAGCGUUGAUGGAGCUCCUUAUCUAAGGAAGAUUGAUCUUAAGGUUUACAAGAGCUACCCUGAGCUCCUCAAGGCCUUGGAGACUAUGUUCAAGCUCACCAUUGGCAAUUAUUGUGAAAGAGAAGGCUACAAUGGAUCUGAUUAUGCUCCUACCUAUGAAGACAAAGAUGGAGACUGGAUGCUAGUUGGAGAUGUUCCAUGGGAAAUGUUUGUUUGCUCUUGCAAAAGGCUGAGAAUCAUGAAAGGAUCUGAAGCUAGAGGAUUAAGCUGCCUAUAGGUUAUUCCCACAAAGCAAACAUGUCUAAAGGAAGAGGAGCUUCCUAGGCUGGGAAUCUCCAAGAAAGAAUUUUCUCUGAAGCUUGUGAUACACAAAUUAUUUCCAUCUUCGUUUUUGUCAUUCAUGGAUAGCUUGAAGUUGAGCCCCAUUCGUAUUUUGCUUUUUAAUCACUCGGAAAAGCGAUACCGGCAUGUAGGGGGGGGAAAAAAAAUUUAAGUAAAAGAAAAGGAAAAAGAAAGUUGAGAUCAAUUGUACAGAGAGGUUAAAGUUGCUAAUUUUUUUUGUCUUAACAAAAUGUUGGUGUAACAAUAAUAUAUUAAUUAAUACAAAAAUGCUAAAUGUACAAAAAAAAAAAAAAAAAAAAACCUUUGUACAUGCGCUACGUUGAUCUAAAAUGUGAUGAAUUAUGAAUAUACUUGUAUCGAAUAGAAAUGUUCUAUGUAGUUUCUCUUGCUAUUU